CUUGUCAAAAACCACCUUAACCGACAGCCAUGUGACACCUGAUUCUGAUCUCCUAAUCUCCCACACGUUCUAGGUGAGAGUUUAUUUCCUGUCAGCCCAGUUUCCAAGUCACCGGAUCACAUUUUUAGCUUCUCCAGCCCCUGUUGUUCAGGAGUUUCGGCACUGGGCCAGAGGGGUGUGUCCGGCUGUAUAUAAGUCCCGAGCCGAGGGCGAGUCCUGUAUUCUUGCCCAGGCUUGCUCUCGUACAGCCCUGCUGCGUGUGGUCAGAGAAUGGCAAGUGGCCAGUGGAUGGAGGACCAGCUCCUGUGUCCUGUGUGUCUCUGUAUCCUGAAGCAGCCGGUCACUACUCCCUGCGGGCACAGCUACUGCCAGGAAUGUAUCCAGCACCACUGGGAUCAGAGUGCCCUCGAAGGGCUGUACCGCUGUCCCCAGUGCCGCAGAGCUUUCAGCACCAGGCCUGUCCUGGCCAAGAGCACCGUGCUGGCAGAGGUCAUCGACAGUCUGAGGAGGACCGGGCUGGGCCCUCCCCCUCCCUCGGCCCCAAGCCCGGGCCCUCCCCCUCCCGCGGCCCCAAGCCCCAGCCGGGCCGGGCCCAUGGGGGUGCUGUGUGACGUCUGCACGGGUCCGAAGCUGAGCGCCGUGAAGUCCUGUGUGGUGUGCUCGGCCUCCUACUGCGCGCCACACCUGAGGCCCCACCAGGAGUCUCGCGUCCUCGCUGGGCACAGGCUGGUCAGCCCCGCGGAGCGCCUGCAGGGGGCGCUGUGCCUACAGCACGGCCGGGCUCUGGAGGUUUACUGCCGGACCGACCUCGUGUGCAUCUGCCUUCUGUGCACCCUGCACGGCCACCGAGACCACGACACCGUCCCCGUGGAGGAGCAGAGGGCCCUGAAGCAGGAGCAGCUGGCGGGAAUGCUGAUGGAAAUCCGACACACAACCCCGCAGAGGAGGGAAGAGCUGCAGAGGGCGAGACAGGGCGUGGAGUCAGUCAAGAGCUCUGCGCGGGAGGCGCUGGCGGAGAGCGCGGAGAUCUUCGGCGAGCUGGCGCACGCGGUGGAGAGGAUGCGCGGCCCAGUCGUGGAGCAGAUUGCCGAGCAGGAGCGGAGGGCGACGAGGGAGGCCGAGGCCGUCGUUGGGAGGCUGGAGAAGGAGAUGGAGCAGCUCAGGAGGAGGGAGGCAGAGCUGGAGCAGCUCUUGCAAGUCAAGGACACCCUCCAUUUCCUCCAGAGCGUCCCACCCGCGCACUCCCCUCCCGAACCCUGCCGCGCCCCCUCCAGCCCGGCCCGGCCAGACUUCUCCCUGGCGGCGGUGAGGAAGGCCGUCUCUGACAUGAGGGAGCUUCUGGAGAGUGUCUGCAGGGCUACAUCAGUCCCAGCAGGCUGGACUGAAGACACAUCAAGCAGCCUGUUACACAACGUGAGUAGAUUGCAGACCACUCCAGAGCCCAGGAACAGAGCGGAGUUUUUGAAAUGCUGCUGCCAGCUCUUCCUGGACCCCAACACAGUGCACCCCAACCUGCUCCUGUCCGAGGGGAACCGCAGGCUGGUGCGCACGAGGAAGGUGCAGCCCUACCCCUCGCACCCGGAGCGCUUCGACAGCUACUACCAGGCGCUGUGCCGAGAGGCCUUGACAGGGAAGCGCUUCUACUGGGAGGUGGAGUGGGCCGGCAGGGAGGUGUUCGUCGGUGUGGCGUACAGGAGCAUGGGGAGGAGGGGCCAGGGCCUGCUCGCCGGCCUGGGGCGCAGCAGCAAGUCCUGGGGCGUACUGUGCUCGGCCUCGGGGUACUCCGCCUGGCACGACAACCAGUCCACGGCGGUCCCCGCGCCUCGCUCACACAGGGUGGGAGUGUUCCUGGACCACAGCAGGGGGCUUCUGUCCAUCUACAGCGUCUCGGACACCAUGGCCCUGCUGCACCGCUUCCAAGCCAGCUUCACAGAGCCCCUGUAUCUGGGCUUCGGGGUGGUGAACCCUGGCGACAGUGUGUCCAUCCGCCAAGCUCCAGUUUAA